UUUCUCCAGUUUUCGAGCAAUGAAGCGAGGAAGAGGAAGAGGAAGGAGUUCCCGGACAGGUAGCGCUUCACCUCUCUCCAGUCGGGAUGCGACGGGCUCGUUUUCACAUCGGAAGCCGAAGCUUUUCCUCCCACUAACGUUACAAAAUUCAGCAGCGACCGCUGUUGCGUGACCUUCAGAAUUCAGAGCGCUGCACUUGGUUGCUCCACUGUGAUCUCCGGCACCAGACUUCACACACCAAAAAGGCCUUGACGACAAAGAUGACAUCACCAUCGCCAACCCACAGUGACAGUAGUGGCUCUUCAAAGCAAGAUAGUAACCAGGAUAGUUGGGAAUUUGUUGAGGGCCUCAGAGGGGGUCCUGACAUCAUGCAGCAGCCUGAGCCACAGCAGGGUUUCCUGUUAAAAAGGAGAAAGUGGCCCAUGAAGGGAUGGCACAAGAGAUAUUUUAUGUUGGACAAAGGCAUCCUGAAGUAUGCAAAGCAUGGCACGGAUCUGAGGAAGGGGAAGCUUCACGGUUGCAUCGACGUGGGCCUCUCCGUCAUGGCAAUAAAGAAGUCAACCAUGUGCAUCGACUUGGACACAGAGGAUAACAUCUAUCACCUAAAGAUGAAGUCUCCCGAGCUGUUUGAGGAGUGGGUCUCAAAGCUGCGUCAUCAUCGCGUCUUUCGGCAGAAUGAGAUUUCCUCUUAUCCACACUCUCACCGCUACCACGCUCACACCUUUUCCUCGCCCUCCCUCAGUGACUCCAUAAGGAAGAGGGGAUCUCUCCCAAAGCAGGCGUCAAUGCAUCAGGCCAAGGUUAACUCUUGGCUCCACUCCUCAGAGGACAUGAACAAGUGCGCCAAAGACUUGGAGGAGUGUGAAUCCUACCUACUAGAACUCAACCUGUUGCUGAGGAGUAUGGAGGUCAUGCACCGUACAUACUCUGCCCCAUCCAUCAGCGCACUACAAACAUCUACUUCAGAUAUCCCAAAGAAAGAGAAGAGGACAAAGAAAUGGCGAUCCAAGAAUAGCAAAAAUAGUAAAGUAACCACACAGAUGCCUCAAAACAAUGCGUCCACUCCCAAUCUACCAUCAUUGGAGGCCAACAGCCAAGACGCAUGUCCAGUAUCUCCAGACUCUCCCGUCGAGGUUUCUCAUAUGCAAGAGAACUUCAACAGGCUAGCUAACAACAUCCACAGCACACUGAAAUCAGCAUAUAGUUCCCUGUUAUCCGAAAGGGAAAGAUUAAGGCACACCAUUGAAAUGCAACCUCCCCAACCGAUGCAGGUCACAGCCUUAAAGAGCGCCUACGGCUCAGAAUGUCCAGAAGAAGGCCAUUCUUUAGUCCACCAGGAAUCAAAUGAGAGCAAAGCAUCAAUCGCCGAGUCGAUAUCAGAGUUCUACGAUGCGCAGGAGUACCUCCUCUCCUCAUCCUCCUCCGAGAAUGAGCUGUCUGACGAUGACUCGUACAUCAGUGAUGUGAGCGACAGCAUUUCCGUGGAUACCUGUAGCAACGGAGGAGGCAGCGAGAGACACAAUUCGGUGAGCAGCACGGGCUCCGUGGUUCAACGGCGUACCAGGCUACCAGCUCCCAGCCCCCCCUCCAGCGUGAGUCUGUGGAACAUCCUAAGGAACAACAUUGGUAAAGACCUGUCCAAGGUGGCCGUGCCAGUCCAGCUCAACGAGCCACUCAACACCCUGCAGAGGCUGUGCGAGGAGCUGGAGUACAGCGAACUGCUGGACAUGGCUAACAAGACCAGCAACCCUUUCCAGCGCAUGGUGUACGUUGCUACUUUUGCUGUAACUGCGUACACAUCCUCUUACUAUCGCGCCGGAAGCAAACCUUUCAAUCCGCUUUUAGGAGAAACGUACGAGUGUGACAGACCUGACAAGGGCUUCAGGUUCAUAGGCGAACAGGUGAGCCAUCACCCACCUGUGUCAGUUUGUCACUCGGAUUCAAAGAAUUUUUCUUUUUGGCAAGAUGUUCGUUUGAAAAAUAAAUUCUGGGGCAAAUCCAUGGAAAUAGUUCCAGUUGGUACUACCAAUGUAACACUGCCUUCGUUUGGGGACCAUUACGAAUGGAACAAAGUGACUUCCUGCAUCCAUAAUAUCCUCAGCGGGCAGCGUUGGAUUGAACACUACGGCGAGAUGACCAUCAAAAAUGUCAACAGUGACACUUGCGAAUGUAAAGUCACAUUUGUCAAGGCCAAAUCAUGGAGUUCAUCUGUCAACGAGAUCGAAGGCGUGGUGACUGACUGCAAUGGAAAAGUUGUGCACUCCAUUUUCGGAAAGUGGCACGAGUCCAUUUUUCAAGGAGACCCGCCUUCUGCCACGUGCAUCUGGAGAGCGAAUCCCAUGCCAGUGGACCAGGAUCUGUACUACGGUUUCACUAAGUUUGCAGUGGAGUUAAACGAGUUGGAUCCCACCAUAAGACCCUUGCUGCCUCCAACAGAUACACGCUUCAGGCUGGACCAGAGGCUCUUGGAGGAGGGAAAUGUGGAAGGAGCUGAGCAACAGAAGCAGCGGAUAGAGCAGCUUCAGAGAGAGAGGAGGAAAGUGCUGGAGGACAACAACAUGACGCACCAGCCGCGCUUCUUCGAGAAGUCGGAGAAUGACACAUGGGUGACCAACAACUCAUAUUGGGAGCUACGCAGAGACCCUGGCUUCACGAAAGUGGACUUUCCUGUGCUGUGGUGACCUCUGGAUUGAGCUGUCGUUCCACGUCCUCCACAGUAAAUCAUCACGGAGGGGGGAAGUAGAAAACAGAAGUGCGACCAAACUCAAGUGGUCUGAACUGUCGUGGCAACCCAUACCAACAUGGACUUCCUAUCCUCGCUUCGCUGACCCAGCGGACUAUUCCUGUUUUAGCAUAAUCGUUAUCCUGUACAUUAAUUGUCUGAUCUUAAAUAUUAUUUACACU